AUGAAGGCGUCGACGAGCCGAGCGCUGACUUUCUGCGCCAGCUUCGCGGUAUGCGAGGCUCGCUCUCUGUGGUCUUCGAUCCCUGCGACGUACGGAGAUUCGAGUUCGGAUACGUACUUGCUCAAGACUGGGUAUCCUAUUGGCAAUGGCAAACUCGGGGCGAUUCCGUUUGGUCCGCCUCAUGCGGAGAAGGUCAACCUGAAUAUUGACUCUCUCUGGGCUGGCGGACCCUUUGAGGCCUCGAACUACACAGGCGGCAACCCAACAGAGCCAAAAUACGACGCUCUUCCAGAGAUCCGCUCAUUCAUCUUUGAAAAUGGAACCGGAGAUGUCUCCCCCAUCCUCGGCUCAGGAGCAAACUACGGCGGCAACCGCGUCCUCGCAAACCUAACAGUCACAAUCAACGGCGUGGGCAACUACACCUCGUACAAACGCACCCUCGACCUCACAACGGGCGUCCAUACGACAACGUUCACCGCAAACGCGGCAGACUACGAAAUCACCAACCUCUGCUCGUACCCGGACCAAGUAUGUGCAUACCACGUCGCAGUCACCUCUUCUGCCGCAAGCAACAGCACAACGACUUUGUCCGCCGUCACGAUAGGUCUCGAGAACCAGCUCAUUGAUACUGAUACCUACAACGUAACCUGCGGCGCCGACCAUGUCCGUUUCACUGGCGUCACGCAGCUUGGUCCGCCGGAGGGCAUGAAGUUCGACUCCAUCGCAAGACUCACCUCCGAGACUUCGUCCGCGGCCAUCACGAAUUGCACAUCCUCCGGCCUUCUCAAAGUCACACCCUCACCAGGCCAAACCACCCUCACAAUCAUCAUCAGCGCCGAGACAAACUACGACCAAAAGAAAGGCAACCCAGCCUCCUCCUACUCCUUCAAAGGCGCAGACCCAGGCCCCAAAAUCGAAUCCCUCUCCACAACCGCCUCCUCGAGACCCUUCUCCGACCUCCUUGCCUCCCACAUCGCAGACUACCAAACCCUCCAAUCCGCCUUCACCCUCACCCUCCCAGACCCCCUCAACUCCUCCACCACAACAGAAACCUCCCAGCUCAUCGCCUCCUACGACUCCACCACCCCGGACGGCGGCGACCCCUACCUCGAAGCCCUCCUCUUCGACUACGGCCGACACCUCCUCAUCGCCUCCUCCCGUGCAAAUUCCUUACCUGCCAAUCUCCAGGGCCGCUGGACGGAGCAGCUCUGGCCCGCGUGGAGCGCGGAUUACCACGCUAAUAUUAACCUGCAGAUGAACUACUGGCACGCCGACCAGACGGGGCUGGGCGAGGCGACGCAGGGGGCGCUGUGGGAUUAUAUGGAGGAUACGUGGGUUCCGAGGGGCACGGAGACGGCGAGGUUGAUUUAUAAUGCUAGUGGGUGGGUUGUGCAUAACGAGAUGAAUGUGUUUGGACAUACUGCGCUGAAGGAGGGCGCGGAGUGGGCGAAUUACCCAGCAGCAGCAGCCUGGAUGAUGCAACACGUCUUCGACGCCUACGACUACACCCGCGACGCAACCUGGUUCGCGUCCCAAGGCUACCCCCUCAUUAAAGGCGUCGCCGCCUUCUGGCUCACCCAGCUCCAAGACGACGCCUUCUCCCGCGACGAAACGCUGGUAGUCAACCCCUGCAACAGCCCGGAAACCGGCCCCACGACGUUCGGCUGCGCGCACUACCACCAGAUGAUCCACCAAGUCUUUGAAUACACCCUCCUCGGCGCAUCUGUUCUCCCCUCUGCUUCUGCUGAGGAUCAGGACUUUCUCGACGCCGUCACCGCGUCCCUCGCGAAACUGGACAAAGGUGUCCACGUCGCGACAUGGGGCGGCCUCAAGGAGUGGAAACUCCCCGAGUCGGCGCCGUAUAACUCGGAUAAACCGUCUACGCACCGUCACCUAUCCCACCUGACGGGUUGGUACCCGGGCGCCUCCAUCUCCUCCUUCCUAGGCGGCUACGCUUCCAACGCUACAAUCCAAUCUGCCGUCCGAGAGACGCUCAUCUCCCGCGGGCGGGGCAACGCGCCCGACGCAAACGCCGGCUGGGCCAAAGUCUGGCGCGCGGCGUGCUGGGCGCGGUUGAAUGACACGGAAAGAGCCUACGACCAGCUCCGGUACGCGGUUGAUGUGAAUUUUGCGCAGAACGGGCUGAGUAUGUAUUCUGGCACGGGGGCACCGUUUCAAAUUGAUGCGAAUUUCGGGUUGAGCGGCGCGGUGUUGGGUAUGCUUGUCGUGGACUUGCCGCUGCCGUAUGCGUCCCCGGAGGAGGUGAGGACGGUAGUGCUUGGGCCCGCUAUCCCGGCGCGGUGGGGCGGCGGGAGCGUGAAGGGAUUGCGGAUCCGGGGCGGCGGGGUUAUUGAUUUUGGGUGGGAUGCGGAGGGGGUUGUGGAUGAGGCUGUUGUUGUUUCUGGGAGUAGAGGCGGGGGGAAGGUGAGGAUCGUGAAUGUGAAGGGGGAGAGUUUGGCUGAGAUUUAG